AUGGCCGGGGAGCCCCUCUCCUUCCGCGCCUUCCACGCCGCCCGCCCCGCCGGCUGCCAGUACGGCUACGGGCACGGGGACGGGCUCAGCGCCCUGCGGGACCGCGAGUUCCCCCGGCUCCGAGGGAUUACUUACCUUGACCAUGCUGGUUCAGCACUUUUCCCAGAGAGCCUACUUAAAGCUUUUACUGAUGAUCUCAGAAACAACGUUUAUGGCAACCCUCAUAGUCAGAAUAUCAGCAGCAAGCUGACAUAUGACACAAUUGAGCAUGUUCGAUACAGAAUAUUGCAACACUUUCACACUACUGCUGAGGAUUACACCAUCAUUUUCACAUCUGGAUGCACAGCUGCACUUAAACUGAUAGCAGAAUCAUUCCCUUGGAUACCUGAAGGCACAAAGCAACCCAGCAGUCGAUUUUGUUACCUAACUGACAGCCACACAUCUGUGGUUGGUAUGAGGGGCAUAACUGCUUCAAUGAAUGUCUUGUCUGUUCCAAUAAAACCAAAUGAAAUUUUGUUAGCAAAAAGCAGGUUACCAGCUGAAGAACAAAACUUCACAACACCUCAUCUAUUCUCUUACCCAGCUCAGAGCAAUUUUUCUGGUACCAAGUAUCCCCUUUCAUGGAUACAGGACAUAAAAUCUGGGAAACUCUGCCCCAUCAAAAUACCAGGGAAGUGGUUUGUUCUACUAGAUGCAGCUUCGUAUGUGAGCAGUUCUCCAUUAGACCUGGGAGUUCACCAAGCUGACUUUAUCCCCAUCUCAUUUUAUAAAAUCUUUGGAUUCCCAACUGGUUUAGGAGCAUUAUUGGUGAACAACAGGAUUGCUCCCCUCUUGAGGAAAACCUAUUUUGGAGGUGGAACUGCAGCUGCCUACCUCGCAGGAGAGGAUUUGUUUGUCCCAAGGAAAUCCAUAGCAGAAAGGUUUGAAGAUGGUACAGUCUCUUUUCUUGAUAUCAUUGCUCUGAAACAUGGAUUUGAUGUUCUGGAAAAACUCACAGGUGGAAUGGAGAAAAUAAAACAGCAUACCUUUGCAUUAGCUCACUACACCUAUACUGUACUGUCUAACUUAAAAUAUGCCAACGGGGCUCCUGUAGUACGUAUUUACACUGAUACAGAUUUCAGCAAUCCUGAUGUCCAAGGUCCAAUCAUUAAUUUUAAUGUGCUCGAUGAAAAUGGAGAAGUGCUCGGCUUUUCACAGGUGGACAGCAUGGCGAGUCUCCACAACAUACAUGUUCGGACAGGCUGCUUCUGUAACACGGGAGCCUGCCAGAUGCAUUUGGGCAUAAGCAAUGAGGACAUCCAAAAGAACCUGCAGGCUGGCCAUGUCUGUGGAGAUAACAUAGACCUAGUUGAUGGACGUCCCACUGGUUCUGUGAGAAUAUCCUUUGGCUACAUGUCUUCUUUUGAAGAUGCCCAGACUUUUUUGAAUUUCAUUAUAACCACCAGACUCUCCAAAUCGGAUGCUGAGAUUCCUUUCCAGUCUGUUACAAAGAUGACAACAGAGUCUGUUCCAGAUGACCACCUUGCUUUUAACAGUGCAGAUAAAUUGUCUGAAAUACUGCAAAUCUCCGACGGAGAGCUCAGGAAUCUUCCUUCUGAGGCAGAGACAACUGGCAGGUGGCAGCCACGGGAGCCUGAGGCAGAAAGCAUAAGGGCAGCUGUUUCUGAGACUGCAGUGCCAACAUGUAGAAAAGGUGGCAAGCCCAUCACCAUCACCAACAUUUACCUCUACCCAAUCAAAUCCUGCUCUGCAUUUGAGGUUACAGAAUGGCCAAUAGGAAACCAGGGCUUGCUCUAUGACCGAAACUGGAUGGUUGUAAACCAGAAUGGAGUCUGCAUGACUCAGAAGCAGGAGCCAAGGUUGUGUCUUGUGAAUCCCUCAAUUGAUCUGAAGCAAAAAAUUAUGGUCAUUCAGGCAGAAGGCAUGGACCCAAUAUCUGUGCCUCUAGAAGACAGUACUGGAAAAGAGGCUGUGAUCUGUGAAAGUAAAGUCUGCUCACACAGGGUAAAAACGUAUGACUGUGGGGAAAGAAUUGCUGGCUGGCUCUCUAGGUUUCUUGGUCGUCCAUGUCACUUGAUAAGACAAAGUUCAGACGUGAAAAGCAAGUCACAUCAGAAAAAUACAAAAGGUCUGUCAUCUACUACAAACAUCUCACUCUCUCUUGUGAAUGAAGCACAAUACCUCCUGAUAAAUGUAGCAAGCAUUCUGCAACUGAAAGAGCACAUUUCUGCAAGAUUGAAGGAGCCAUUGGAAAUAGAGGAAUUGAUCCGACGUUUCCGUGCCAACAUUGUCAUCAGUGCACCAGAGUCCUUUGAAGAGGAAGAGUGGGUUGAGAUUUCAAUAGGUGCUCUGCAAUUCCAGGUUGUGGGUCCAUGUAGCAGAUGUCAAAUAAUCUGCAUUGAUCAACAGUCUGGGGAACGAAACAAAGAAAUUCUGCAGUCCCUGUCUGCUGCCAGAGGUAGAAAGACCAACUUUGGCGUAUACCUGAUGAACCAGCCCUUGCACUCAUGCUUUCCAGAUACUUUAUCAGUUGGAUCUCAAGUACUGCCAGUGCUGAAGGAAAACACAGAAAUCCAGCCUCCAUCAUCCAAUGAAGAAAAAUGUUCAGGAUAGAUUCUCUGGUAGAGAUGAAAUUUUUAUGCAAGUACAGGGAAAAAUCAGUAGUCAAUUACUAAAAAAAAAAAAAAAAAUAGAAAAAGCUUCCACUCAUUUGCUUCUGGUAAUUUUCUGUUUGCUGUAAAUGUUAUCAGAUGGCAAACUGUUGAUAAUUACAGCUCUCCUACAUGUUUUUGCUUGUGAUUAGGUUGCAGCAGCCAUACCUCUAUUUUGCACAAUUGCUUCAGGAUGCAACAGGUUUGAUCAAGUUUUACUGGUGGAUGACUCCCAAAACAUGCCCAACUUUGUUGUUGGAAAGCCACAUAUCAAUGAAGGAAAGUAAACAC